AUGGCGGAAGCCGCGGCCCCGGGCGCCAGCGGAGAGGCGAUGGCGGUGGUAGAGUGUUCUUCGGGCUCUGUGGGCUUGUCUCUGGGUCGCGGCUUCUCGAGCUACCGGCCUUUCGAACCCCAGGCGUUGGGCCUGAGCCCGAGCUGGCGUCUGACGGGCUUCUCCGGUAUGAAGGGCUGAGGUUGCAAGGUCCCCCAGGAGACACUGCUCAAGCUCCUGGCGGGACUGUCGCGGCCGGACAUGCGGCCCCAGCUGGGCCAGGGCCUGGUGGGAAGCCAUGAGGAGGCAGCCGAGGAAGCCGGCCUCCCAGCCCAGGCAGGACCCAGCCCAACCUUUCCAGCCCUGGGCAUUGGGCUGGACUCCUGUGUAAUACCAUUGAGGCACGGAGGUCUGUCACUGGUGCAGACCACGGAUUUCUUUUACCCGCUCGUGGAAGAUCCGUACAUGAUGGGGCGCAUAGCUUGUGCCAAUGUGCUGAGCGACCUCUACGCCAUGGGCAUUACUGAAUGUGACAACAUGUUGAUGUUACUCAGUGUCAGCCAGAACAUGACUGAGGAGGAACGCGAGAAAAUAACCCCACUCAUGAUCAAAGGCUUCCGAGACGCUGCUGAGGAAGGCGGCACUGCAGUGACCGGUGGACAAACGGUGGUAAAUCCUUGGAUUAUCAUAGGUGGAGUUGCCACCGUGGUAUGUCAACCAAAUGAGUUCAUAAUGCCCGACAGUGCAGUCGUUGGAGAUGUACUUGUGUUAACCAAACCCUUAGGAACCCAAGUUGCUGUCAAUGCCCACCAGUGGCUGGAUAAUCCUGAAAGAUGGAAUAAGAUCAAGAUGGUGGUCUCCAGAGAAGAAGUAGAGCUGGCUUAUCAGGGAGCUAUGUUCAGUAUGGCAACACUAAACAGAACAGCCGCUGGACUGAUGCACACAUUCAAUGCCCACGCAGCCACAGACAUCACAGGCUUUGGCAUUCUGGGACACUCUCAGAACCUUGCCAAACAGCAAAGAAAUGAGGUGUCCUUUGUCAUUCAUAAUCUGCCCAUCAUUGCCAAGAUGGCGGCCAUCAGCAAGGCCAGUGGAAGAUUUGGGCUCCUUCAAGGAACUUCAGCAGAAACCUCUGGAGGACUGCUCAUUUGUCUGCCAAGAGAACAGGCUGCUCGCUUUUGUUCCGAGAUCAAAUCUUCCAAGUACGGAGAAGGUCAUCAAGCUUGGAUCGUCGGCAUCGUGGAAAAGGGAAACCGGACAGCCCGGAUCAUUGACAAGCCUCGAGUUAUUGAGGUCCUACCUCGGGGGGCCACUGCGACUGCUCUUGCUCCUGACAAUUUCACUGCCUCCUCUGAGCCUACCUUAUGA